UACAUACCGGAAUAUUAUGAUGGAGGAGGAUAACAAAUUAAUAAUACCCAAUGUGGUAGUAGGAGAAGGACAAUUGUAUCAACCUAGCAGUUUGUGUGCAAAUUGCAGCUGAAGGAGGAUAACAAAUUAAUAAUACCCACAUGUUCUAUAGCAUACCCCAUUUUUUGUCAUGACAUGCAUAAAACUACCAAACCUCCAUUAUUGACCUUAACAGGUAACAUGAGAACAAUCACUUUCCUCUUCCUCUUCUAUCUGCAGUUGCCAUGCUCCUUUAAGUCCUGUUUGGCAAGAGAUUUCUUAAAUCCUGGCCAAAACAUAACUGGAACUACAAGUCUUGUUUCAGCUGGACAAAGAUUUGUAUUAGGCUUUUUUUCUCCUGCUGGAAACCCAACAGAGACUUACCUUGGAAUAUGGUACUACCAAUCACAGACCUUCUCAUCAGAACGGCCGACAGUGGUAUGGGUGGCCAAUAGAGACAAACCAAUCUUGAAUUCCCAUGUUGGACUGUUCCAAAUUGCAGGUGAUGGAAACCUUGUGGUCAAAGUCAAAGACGGCUCAUCAAGCAAGAGUUAUUACUGGUCCUCUGAACUUGAAGGGUCUUCAGCAAGAAACAGGACAGUGAAGCUAAUGGAUUCAGGGAACCUAGUAUUGUUCCAAAACGAUGAGAAUAUAUGGCAGAGUUUCCAACACCCCACAGACACGUUUCUUCCGGGUAUGAAAAUGGACACAAGCAUGGAACUAACUUGUUGGAGUGGUGACAGUGAUCCACGACCUGGGAACUUCACCUUCAAGAUCAUGGCUCAAACAGCAGGGGACAACCCUCGUUACAUAAUCUUGAAAAACAAUAAGCUCUAUUGGGAGAGUAGUGGACAAAACGGAGACUUGAAUCCAGAUUCAGAGUUUGAUGCUGUAGCUUACUUUUUGAGCAACUUCAGCUCUUCAACGAAACAAGGUAAUCUGAGUCCUACGAACUACGAGAACAAAAGGCUAUUGAUGAAUUCAACUGGGGAGCUUCAGUUUCGAACAAGAGACGGUUUCCAAGGUGAUUGGACCCUUUUCUGGAAAGCUCCACAGAGCUUCUGCGACUCAUACAAUGCUUGCGGCAACUUCUCCACCUGCAAAGACAACAACGGGGAGCGAUGCAAGUGUUUACCGGGAUUUAACCAAGUUAGCGGAAGUAACUAUUGUGCUAGAAAAUCAGCGGCAUCAUCGUGGUGUGGAGAAGGCAUAAGGUUCUUGAAUUUGGUGAUGGUGAAAGUGCGAAACCCUGAUAUAUAUUACACGGAAGCAAAUGAAAGUGAUUGCAAGAACAAGUGCCUUCAAAUGUGCCCCAAGUGCCAGGCCUACUCUUAUAGUGUUCCUCAGGACACUACAAGGCGUGACCUUAGUUUCUCUACUUGCAGGAUUUGGACACACGAUUUAAUUACACUCCAAGAAGGAUACUUUGGCCGUAAUCUCUCUGUCCGGGUAGAUAUAUCAGACAUAGAAGCAACUCCAAGAAGUUGUGAGCCUUGCGGAACAAACAUAGUCCCUUAUCCGUUGAGCACUGGACCCAAUUGUGGUGAUCCGUUGUACUUCACGUUCAGUUGCAACCGCUCAACAGGAGAGCUUAGUUUCGUACCUACUACGACAAGUGACGGUUACACAGUUAUUAGCAUUGACGCAGAUUCUAGAAAGUUCGUCAUCAAAGUCAGUUCUGCGGAAACUUAUUGUAAUCUGCAAACUCGUAACGAUAAAACUCUGCAAAUCCAUUUUCCGUUUAACGUGGCUAACGAGUGCCGCACAGAAGAUGAAGUAGAGGUUACUUGGCUACCACCUUCUGAACCCAUCUGCAAUGAAUCAGUGGAUUGCAAGGGUUGGAACCACUCAACUUGUGAAAAAACAGGAGAUUCUAAGAGGUGUCUUUGCAAUUCAAACUAUCGUUGGAAUAACGCUUCUCUUAAUUGUGAUAUUAACGUAGCCAUAGCCAUUCCUGGUGGUACAGAACAAAAGGUAAGAAAAGGAAACUCAAAAAGCCAAAAGUCUUUGAUUAUCGGAGUAACUCUUGGAAGUGUGCUUGUUCUGGCAUGUGCUGUAGUUUCUGCUUAUUUAUGUAGAAGGAAAAUAACUUACAACAAAGACAAGGAUAAAAUUCAGAGAAAUCGAGGGCGAUUUUAUGACAGUGAGAGACAUGUGAAGGAUUUGAUGGAGGUUGAAGGAUUUGAAGAAAAAGACCAUGAAGACAUAGAAGUACCAUACUUUGAUUUUGAGAGCAUACUAAUAGCAACAGAUAACUUCUCUGAUGCAAAUAAGCUUGGACGAGGUGGUUAUGGACCGGUCUACAAGGGUAGGCUUCAAGAUGAAAUUGUUGCAGUAAAACGGCUUUCAAGUAUUUCAUCACAAGGUUUACUUGAGUUUAAGAAUGAGGUUGUUUUGAUAGCCAAAUUACAGCAUCGAAAUCUUGUUAGGCUAAGAGGCUAUUGCAUCAAAGGAGAAGAAAAGAUUUUACUCUAUGAGUAUAUGCCUAACAAAAGCUUAGACUCAUUUAUUUUCGAUCCUAAACAAAGUGUACAUUUGGAUUGGCAAAUACGGUUUGACAUCAUUUUAGGAGUUGCACGAGGAAUAUUAUACCUUCAUCAAGACUCCAGACUAAGAGUAAUUCAUCGAGAUUUAAAAACUAGCAACAUUCUUUUGGAUAAAAUGAUGCAACCUAAAAUCUCAGAUUUUGGCUUGGCAAGAAUAGUAGGAGGCAAAGAAACUGAGACGAACACAGAGAGAGUAGUGGGUACUUAUGGAUAUAUGUCUCCUGAAUAUGCAUUAGAUGGAUUCUUUUCGACCAAAUCUGAUGUUUUCAGCUUUGGUGUAGUCUUACUAGAGAUUAUAAGUGGAAAAAAGAACACUGGAUUUUAUCAAUCCAGCCAAGUUCCAAGCCUUUUAGGCUACGCCUGGAAACUGUGGACAGAGAAUAAGUUGAUAGAUUUAAUGGACAUGAGUUUAGUAGAAAGUUGCAAUGAGAAUCAGUUUAUUAGGUGUGUACAUGUUGCACUCUUGUGUGUCCAAGAUGAACCAAGUGACCGACCAAGCAUGUCAAGUGUAGUGACCAUGCUCGAUAGUGAGACUUCAACCCUUCCAACCCCAAAACAACCAACAUUUUUUGCCAGUAGAGGCCAACCCACAACUUCUUCCAGUAAAUCAACAGAAAUAAAUAUGCAAUUUGAGAGUACCACUCAUUAUCAGGAAGGUCGAUAGAGUAAGAAGGCUCAAGGCAUCAAAUGAUAUGUUUUUGCUUCUUCCUUGGAUCUGAAGCUGCUUUCUAAAGCGCUUGGUUCAUUUUUAUUGCAUUUCUUUGCAGCAAGUCCUAACCUCCAAAUUGAUCAAUGUUUCACGUAACUAUUGCCUUGCUAAGGCCUAAGGGGUGCAUUUUUAGUCAAAUUGUAUUGAGACUUCACAGGGUAAAACAAGAAGAAAACAAGGUCUAUGCA